AGUACGAUGUCAUGUUUGACAUCCUACACAGCUAAUUUUAGAGAUUGGAAAAAGCAAUAUCAUGGUAUCAUUGGACCAUUUUGUGUAUUAAGCGAUAAAAAGUUACCAUUUAUAGCUGAGACUAAUUAUACUAGUAAUUUUGUGACUCAGAAAUAUGAGAAACUAGUUCCAAUUAUUCCUAAUCUUCUGUAUAUAAUUAAGAUAUCAAAAAUAGUGGACUAUUUCUAGUAGGAACUCAAUCUUUAGUUCGUGAAACUACUCAUAAGAUUUAAUUCUCGUUGCCAUAGAAUUGGAUAGACAAUUAAUCAGUCAUCAGUCCUCGAAAUAUAGAGGUGAAAAGUUUUGAUGGAUAUCAACCUCACUUCAAUAAGCGAUAGUAAUCACCAUAAGCGAUGAAUUCAUUUGCUGAUAGAUUCUUCCAUUCUUCAAUUGUAUAGUAAUUGAUGAAAAAGAAUCAGAAACAAAUUAUCAAAUUGAUUUAUUAUAAAUAAUAAUAUGUCUGUAAGAAUCAAAUAUACUAGCAUAAUAGAAUCUACUACUGGAUUGAAAUCAUUGAGUUUAUCAAAAAAGAACAUAUUAGCAUUAGGGAGUGGUGAAGAAGAAGAUUGGUUACUAUUAAAUGAAGUGGAUGCUCAAUUUAAUUUGCAUCCUAUUUAAAUUGGCAAGAUGGAAAAGAGAAUGAUUUCUCAAUUAGCAUGGUCUCCAUCAGGACUUUAUUUGGCAACAAGCAACGAUAAAUUAAUAGUUUGGUAGUUCAAUGGCGGCAAUUUGUCUAUAUAUCGAACCUAUUAAGGGCAUAAAUUGGAGAUCACUGCAUUAUGUUGGUCUCCAGAUGAUUAAAGAAUAGCCACUGCCUCUUUAGAUGGAAACAUCUUUAUUUAUCAUAUCAAAUAAGAUGGAAUUUAACAUAAAAUAGAUUGUGGUUAAAAAACAGUUGGAAUAUGUUGGGAUCCGUUUGACAAAUACAUAGUUUCCUUGAAAUUCGACAAUACAGUAUUCAAUGAUUUUAUAAAAGGUCAAUUUUUAUAAAAUUGAUAAUUGGAAACAAGAAAUUACAGUUUCCCUCCAAAUACAAGGCAAAUAAUGUACAACCAAAAGAGAAGAUAGGAAAUUGGAUUGGAGUGUAGAUUGCAGAUAUUUGGCUGUCCCAAAUUUAGAUGAUAAAGUAGUGAUUACAUUUAUCCUUAGACUAUCCCAACAGUGGCUAUCUUGGAUCGAAACCAGAAUUUUCAAGUUGUUAGAACGAUAGUUGGACCAUUCUCAUCAAUCAAUGUUGUUAGAUUUUCACCAAUGUUAUUUAAGAAUUCGAAUUCUAAUGAAUAUUUUAGUGUAUUUGCUAUCGGUGAUAAUGAUGGUAAUAUCAGUUUAUGGUAAAUAAACGAGAAUUAAGUUGAUGAACAACCAUUUCUAUUGGUUAAGGGUCAUAAAAAGGCUGGAGAACUUAUAGAGGAUAUUACAUGGAAUCAAUAAGGAACUGUGUUAAUCGCUACAACGUCAAAAAAAUAUAUUAUUGUUAUUGAUUUUCAAUUGAGUUUGGGCUAGGUUUUAAAUGAAAUAGAGAAAUAGUAAGCAAUUAAGAGUCUAUAUGGGGAUCUGAAAAAUACAAUUAAAUAAAUUAGAUUUUAUUAACCAAAAAUUAAUAAUGAAAAUAUCAAAUUUGCAGAUAUGCAAUUAGAAAAGAUAGAUAUCUAAGAUGAAUUCAAGAAUUAAAUACCUGAUAGUACGAUUUAAUAACGAGAAAUUCCUAAAUAGACUUAAACAUAAUUUAAGUAGGUCAUUGUGGAUGGCAAAAAAAAGUUAAUUCCUUUGGAUGUGAAUUCUUCUGAACCAAUUAUCAAAAAGGUUGAAUAGUAGUAGCCUUUGUUGGUCAUUUAAUAAUAUGAAGUUUUGCCAAAAAGCUACUCAUUUUCAAUGAAUAACAAAACCCUUUUGUUGGAAGUUCAAAAAUAAUAGUAAAGAAUAUUUAAUUAAGCUGUCUAUGGAACUUUAAUUAGAUGUAUUGAAAAUAAUACACCAAAGUGGAUUGACUAUGUAGAGGGGUAAGUAAAAACUAUUCAAUAUAAUGAUGAUCUAAUUGUCAUAUACACUGAUUAGGCACUGCUAUACAUUGAGAACCAUAAAGGAAUGAGGUAGGAGGCACCAUUUAUCUUACCAUUCUUAAGUUAGAUUGUUUUGAGUACAAAAAAUCAUAUUCUAUGUCUUUAAAACACGGGAGAAUUUAAAGUCAUCAAUUUAAAUUAAAAAACUAUUUUAUAUGAAGGUGAUAUUAAAAUUUUAAUGCAACAUGUCUAUGAGUGGAUGGAUAAAAAGCAAUUAUUGAAUGAAGAUGAAAAGAAAGGCAAAUAAAGAAUUGAUCCAUUAAUAAAAGCAAAUCUUAAAAUUGAUACUGAGGGAUAUCCUUUAGUUGAAUUUCUAUUUAAGGACUAUUGUGUUUACACAUAUCAUAAAUAAUUGAGACAAUGGAUUAAAACUAAAUAGAUUGAUGUGAAGUAUUUAUAAUUAAUUUUCACUAGCAACCAAAAUUAGGAUAUCAAGAAUUUAAAGAAAUUCAACUUUAAUUAAUACUAAACACCUCCUUAUAAUGAUGCUUAGAUAUAUAAGAGGUUAAUCUAAAAGUCUACAAUUGAAGAUGCAAUAAAUGAUAUUCAAUAAAUAUCAAAAUUGGAGGAACAAUUAAAAAUAUAUUGGUCAGAUGGAGAUAUUAAAACAUAUGAGAAAGCAUUAUAUACAUAUAUUAAGAAAGUAAUUUGAGAAUUUAACUAGUUAUGUGACACAUGGCCAAAUAAUCAAGAGAAAUUGUAAAAUAUAAUUGAAACAAUGAUUACUAAUUAAAACUCUGCUGAAUAUAAGUAUCUGAGAGAACGUGUGCAGGAUAUGGAAGAGCUAAAAAAAAAAAUAAUUUAUAUUCUUCAACAAUUUCCAUAAACUAGAGAUCUAAUAUUGUGUCUUUUUCCAGAUUAUUUCUGA